AUGCCAGCCCCCUCUGUCUCUACCCUCGAAGCCACCUCCGCCAUCCUCGGCGAAUACAUGCUCAAAGGCUGGACACUCACCGACCUCCACUGCUCUUCAUGCAAGACCACACCUCUUAUGCGAGAACCCGCUGCUAUCGCUUCGAGAGAGAACAGGGAGAGGGUGCAGUUUUGUGCGGGGUGUGAUGGGCGGCCGGAAGGGAGGGUGAGGGUGCCACCUGUGGCCAGUGUUCCAGAGGCUUCGGUGCCCGCUGGUGGGCUUGACGCGUACGAGACAAGAGCGGUAGCUUUGGAAUGUACGGACAGGCAAGAAACAGUCGCAGUCCCUCAGCAAUCGCAAUCUCAUCCUGCCGAGGCCUCCCAGCAAUCUCAAUCUCAAUCUCAGGCCGAACCCAAAGCCGACCCCGCCGCUUCCCUCUCCCAAUUCCUCCUCCAAGGCUACUCUCUCCUCGCCGACACAUGUCCCAACACCUCAUGCCGCGGCAUUCCACUUGCUGGCUAUCCAAAGCGAAAAGACGGCUCGAAAGACGGUAGAAAAGUCUGUGUGAGCUGCGGAAUGGGAUGGGUCGAGGAGAAGAGUGUCGAUGAGGGGUGGGUCUUGACGGGAGAGAAGAAGGGAGCGAGGGGAGAUGAUGGUGGGGCGGAGAGUCCUAGGAGUAAGAAGAGGAGAGAGCUGUAUGGCCUUGGGGAUGUGAAAGGGAAGGGGAAAGCGGUGGAUGUGGGAGAGUUUGAGAGGCAGGCGAGAGCGUCUGAGAAUGAGCUUGUGAGCAAGGCUGAGGAGAAGGAGCUUGAAGAGGCCGUUGCCGAAUCAUCCAACUCUAUACAACAACCCCACCUCGCCCAAUCACUCACUCAAACCUCCACCGCCCUCUCUACAACCCUCUCCCACCUCGCUUCCUCCCUCUCCUCCCUCACCCAGCCCGAGCGACUGGCAGAAGGAGAAGAGAGCGGAAAGCUGUUUGUGGAUAUCAAGCUGCAUACCGAGGCUUUGAAGGACGUGUUGGGAGUUUUGGGGGAGGUUGAGAAGGCUAGGAAGGGGUGGUGAAGUGUGGGCGAGGGUGGACAAUCGGGGUGAGUGGUUGAGUUUGUGAUGGGG